AUGACAAGUUCCCUGGACGUCGUCGCGACCAAGAAGGCCGGAAGGGAAGAAGUAGAAGAAAUUACAAUUCCUUUUGAUGUGGUGGCCGAGUUCAUAUUACCGAGAGUGGCCGCUAGGGACUUGUUGAGGUUCAGGUCGGUGUGCAAGUCUUGGCGGCAGCUCAUCGAUGACCCGAAUUUCAUUCACAACUACCUCAGGCGGCACGACUUAACCCUCCAUCAAGAACGCCCUCCUUCCUUUACGAGCAUCAGAAAUCAACACCAUGUCCAUCAAGUUAUCGCCCACAGUUCAGGUUACCGCAAAAUGGGACGGACAGAACGCGAAGGCUUAUAUUGCAUCGACAUGAACUGUUACCGCAAAAUGGGACGGACAGAACGCGAAGGCUUAUAUUGCAUGGACAUAAAAUGUGAGGGCACCAAUGGCCGCAUCAAAGACAACGAUAAGCCUAUCAAGAUAUUGGGAUUGGAAGAUUGCCCCAAAGACGCAGGGUUCAACAUGCUACCCCCGUGUAAGGGUUUGGUCUUGUUUUUGAAUAACAGUGCUCCUCUGUACCUGUGCAACCCUGCCACAGGUGAGUCUACCAGCCUGCCUCAGUCCAGUACUGCAGCACUGAGAUGGCAUGGCUUUUGCUAUGGCUUUGGUUUUGAUGAUCGCAGCAAGGAGUUCAAGGUACUUCAUGUAUGGGAUGUUCAUGAUGAUGAAGAUGAGGUUGACUACCAUGAUUUACGAAGCUUAGGCAAAGAUUGUUGCCAUGAGAUACUAAGCUUAGGCAAAGAUUGUUCUUGGAGGCAGCUGGGCCCAUUGCCGUUUCGCUGGUAUAAUUGCAAUAGCCUUCAUCCCGGCAUCCCUUUCAACAGCAGCCUGCACUGGAUCGUAUGCGCUUGUGAGAAGACAUGGGGAGACAACUCUCUCAUGGCGUUUGAUCUUAGAAAGGAGGAAUUCAAGCGGAAGGCGUUGCCGCCCAGGCUUGACAAGGCAGUUUACUUAUCGUUGAGCCUAAUAACCCUUGCUGAGGGUUGUCUGGGUCUCACGAGAUAUAAAGUUGGUGGGGAGGCAGGGAACAUUGGAUUGGAUGUUUGGGUGCUGGCCGAUUAUGAGAGCGAGAUAUGGACUAAACGACACCGCAUUUCCUUCGCAAGCAUUGGUUACGGGCUUGGGGAUGUAGACGAAGAAGAAGAAUACGUGAGCGAUAGUGAUUCCGAUAGUGAAUGCUUUCCAGAUCAUUAUCCAAGGAUACUGAUUAUGGGAGAGCAUGAAAUCUUGCUCCGCUUCAUCGGGGAAGCUCUGAUGCUUCUCUAUGAUUUGGAGCAGAAAACGUCUCGAAAGUUUGUUGUUGAUGGGUAUGAGGAAAUUUUUUUCUCAGAACUGCCUUCCACCUACGUCUAUGAACAACACCUUGGGUCAGCCUAUUUCGUUUCUGCGCUCCGUAGUUGGUCUAGAAUGAUCUCCCUGAGAGAAGGGCAAGACAGAAUUAAUGCAGAAGCUUCCCCCGUUUGA